UGGUGAACACUGGCACAGACAGUCCACAGUGCAGCAUCGUGAUGGAAGGGAUCUUCAUUGGUGUCUUGUGUCUCUCAGGGUGCCUCACCUUCUCCACCUGCCUCCCCCGUCACUACCACUUUGUGCCUGAUGCAAUGAAUUGGACUGAAGCUCAGAGCUACUGCAAAGAGACGUACACAGACCUGGCCACUAUUGAAAACACUGAAAAAAUGAAGAAAUUUAACGACACAGUUUCUGCCGCUGGUAACAGCUCUGAGGUUUGGAUUGGCCUGUACAGUCAUAUUGACUGGAAGUGGUCAGAUGGGUUCAACGGGAGUGGAGCUGAAUAUAGGAGGUGGGGUCCUCUUGACCCAAACAAUUUUAAAGCCAAUGAGCUCUGUGUGGGCCAGACAAUGUAUGCAACAUUGUUUGAUGUUGAAUGCCAUGAACAGCGUCCAUUUGUCUGCUACAGAGGAACAUUAAACGAUUCUGACUUUGUGCUCAUGAAUACAUGCAAGAAUUGGUCUGAGGCUCAGAGGCACUGCAGAGAACACUUCACAGAUCUGGUCACUGUGAGGAACGACGCUGACAGAGACGAGUUAAAGAAGUGGAUAAAAUACCCUCUCGAAUUGGCAUGGAUCGGUUUGUACAGAGAUCCUCAGAUUUACUGGUCCGACGGGUGUAACUACUCAUUCAGCUCCUGGGAUGAGGCUGUAAACGAACUUUGCUCAAGGAAAGUCCUAUGUGGUGUUGCAGAUUUGAAGAAGGGAGGAAAAUGGAGGUUAUUUUUCUGUGAAGAAAGAAAACCAUUUGUCUGCUACAGCGUCCCAACAGUAAAGACGUUGGUGAAGGUGAAGGUGAGGUUGGAGCUACAGGACUCCUCUGUGGACCUGAAUGACCCUGCUGUAAAAGAACAGAUUCUGAAAGAGCUCCAGGAAAGAUUGGAGAAAGGACUGAGUGGCGUCACCUUGAAGUGGAAAGAAAAGGCUGAUGGGAAAGUUUUCCACAAGGAGGAAAAAGGUUCCGACAAGAAAAAAAAAGACUGAGCUUUAAUAUUUGACUUCAACUUUUAUUGUAUGCUCUAAUGUUUCCGGUCUGCACAUAUACACACCACUAUCACUGUACGCAGUUAAACCAUACCAAUGAAUGCUGUUGUAGAAAAACUAGCCUUUGUUUGCUUAUAUGCUUAAACUGUGCGUCUGUGUAUAAAGAGCAUCAGGAACUUAAUGCUGCCCGGGAAGAAUGUCUAAUUAACAACAGACACAGUGAGAGUCUCCAUCUGAAGGAAAAUGUAAUAAGUUGCUAGGCAGGUUAAUAAUGUUACAGCUGAUUAUGUCUUAUACUAAGGGAAUGACAAAGACCCAAAGCACAGGUCAAGCUCAUGCAAAACAGAUUACUGGCUGCAACUGUACGCUUUCACCAGACAGCACCAUAUAUCCAGCAUAAAGAGAUGUAAUGUAUGCGCCCUUACUGGAAUGAUUGUUUUUUUGAACCUAUAUUAAGUGUGAAAAUGUAAUUAUUUAAAAAAAUGGAGAUAGACAUCGCCCGGAUCUAAUGGAGUCUGGAGACAGGAACUUCUAAAUCGAGUAAGGCCUGAAACAGGCCUCCAAAAUUCCAAGAUUUAUAAUGGUGUCAAAGUUGGACCAACAACCACAACUUUAAUACACCAUUAGAAUCAACCCCUGGCGUAACUGUAGGGGGAGACAAAGUCAACUUGGGAAAGUAUGACACCAUUCGGUUCGGGUCAAAUCAGAAGUUUUGAACCAAUCAGGAGGUGGAGAGAUUCACCUCCUGAUUGGUUGAACGGGCAACAGCAGAGACGAGGAUGAGCAUAUAAGCAGAGGGUUUGAAGCUCAGUCUUCAGUUGGGUUCACGUCUUGUAGAAAAAAAAAACUCUACUGCAUUGAACUCUGACCAUCUCCAGUGAAUUCUUUUGACCAACUAUUGAGACUCCUGUAAUAGCAAAGUAUACGUGUUGGAAAGGAAGUCUUGGUCCAGUAUUAGACUUUAUCUCCAACAAUGCAUCCUGUAGAAGAGUCUGACCCUCAUCAUUAAAACUGUUAUUUACACUUUACAAACAAUUCCUUUUGUUUUCUUACUCGCAGGUUUGCAAAGGGGCAACAAAUAACCACAGGUUUUUAAAUGAUUUCUGAAUAAUGUCUAAAGAAUUAGACUCACAUUUAAACCCAGAAAUCCAACCAGCCAGGUAAGAUUAGACCACGCCUCCUGCAGCAGUAGCACUUGUGGGGGAAGACGCAUGUAAAAUGGAUUUUGGAAGAGGCCACCACUAAGACUCAGUCGUGAAAUAAACCCCGUCCAUGACUGCAUUUCAAAGAGAUAUGACAGUGUGGACUAGCAUUGUGUUAAACAAUAUACAGUAGACAGAGCAGAGAAUGGGCUGCACUUUACCUUUAAUACUUUAAGUGGAUUUACUUAGUUUUACUGUCACCAUAGUGCUUGUUCAUUUUGGAAAUUGUUGGGUUUCUCUGUUAUAUUCCAGGUCUGGUCCUUAAUACGUAGAGUGCCUUGAGAUAAUGUAUGUUGUGAUUUGGCGCCAUACAAAACACAUAAUAGAAUUGAAUGAUGUACUGGACUGUAUUAGACUGAAGAGAUGUUUGUAUUCUGCUCCCACAUGUGUUGAAGAAACGAUGAAACAGCUUCCAAUAGUGUAGUGUGCUACAACACAGCAGCAGCAAUGAACUCAGCUCCAACAGUGUCAACACAAACUGAAUUCAUGAAAGAGCUUAAACACAAAAAUAACAUGUUACUUUUUACUGCUAUGGUGAAAUAACGCAUUGGAUUUGUGAUGUAUACUGUAUAUAAAUGACACAAACAGCAGCAUGUACUGUACAUGUAGUUCUCAUAGUGUGUAAAAGUGUUGGCAGUGUUCAGGUUGCUGUGCCUUUCUACUGCAGUGAUGGGACGUGACGUGGGUCGAUCCACCUCCACCACACACUGAGAUGCAGUAGCUGACAAAGCAAUUAAGUUGAAUUAUAUCCACGUUUAACAGACAGAGACAGUGCGCAGGGCAGAGGUGAUACUGAUGACGAUUGGUUGCACAGUACUCUGCUGGUGGGGUUGUUUAUUUCCAUUAGUUGGCACUGUAGACCAGAUUAUUACAAUGGCUUGUGAAUAAUAAUAAUAAUGAACUAGAACAAUGCAAACUAAAGUGUGUUAAAAUACAGAAUUAGUUAAAGGACUUAAGUGGAAAUGGUUGGGUCAGUCCCUUUGGACCCUGGGGCCUCCACACCCCCCAUAUUGCUCAUCUUUUUCCUUGUGUUACGUGCCAGGCAGUGGACAUAGUGCUGUGUGUGU